AUGACUGUAGAGGCAGUGGCAGCAAGUAGUCUGUUAUUGGACAUUGGCUUUGGGCGUUUGGGAUUUGUCAUUGGCUUGGACAUUUGGAGGAGUCUUGGACUUGAUUUCAUUGGGGUUGAGGGGUCAAAUUAUCCCCGAAAAUUUGAGACUGCUCCUGGUGCAUGGAGGACUGCAACAGAAGAGUGGGGAACUGAAGAUUGGAAUGAAGAUCUUUCUGAGACCAAGAUAUUUACUGCCUCUAAUGUGUCUUCGGUGCCUCUGCCUGCGGAGAAUGUGACAAUCACCGCUGGUCAGAGAAUUGACCUUGCUGUUCUAUUGGGAAAGACACCAUCUUCAAUAGAGAAUGAUUCAUCUAAUUUGGAUCCAUCUCAGGCUCCUUCUCUUGCACAGCCUCUGGUGUUCAGUAACUCGAAGCAGAGUGCCAUAUCACAGCCUGCUUCAGGGAACACAUUUCCUCAUCACAGUAUGGUGAGCAUGUUAGGGAAAGGAUUUGGUGAUGUUGGUGAAGCUAAAGGUGGCAGCACCACGGGUUCCCAGUUCUUGGAGCAGUUCAAGACAGCUCAGGCCCUGGCUCAGUUGGCAGCUCAGCAUUCUCAAUCUGGAAGCACCACCACAUCCUCUUGGGACAUGGGCUCGACCACACAAUCCUCGUCGUUGGUGCAGUAUGAUUUGAAGAACCCAAAUGAUUCAACAGUGCACAGUCCAUUUACAAAGCGCCAGGCCUUUACUCCCUCUUCAACUAUGAUGGAGGUGUUCCUACAGGAGAAGCCACCUGCAGUGGCUACCUCCACAGCUGCACCUCCAACCCCCUCUUCUCCUCUACCAAGCAAAUCCACCUCAGCUCCACAGAUGUCUCCUGGAUCUUCAGACAACCAGUCCUCCAGCCCACAGCCGGCUCAGCAAAAACUAAAACAGCAAAAGAAAAAAGCCUCCUUGACUUCUAAGAUUCCUGCUCUGGCUGUGGAAAUGCCUGGCUCAGCAGAUAUCUCAGGGCUAAACCUGCAGUUUGGGGCAUUGCAGUUUGGGUCAGAGCCUGUCCUUUCUGAUUAUGAGUCUACCCCCACCACGAGCGCCUCUUCGAGCCAGGCUCCAAGUAGCCUGUAUACCAGCACAGCCAGUGAAUCUUCAUCCACAGUUUCAUCAAACCAGAGUCAAGAGUCUGGUUAUCAAAGCGGCCCAAUUCAGUCGACAACCUAUACCUCCCAAAGUAGUACUCAGGGCCCGCUAUAUGAACAGAGAUCCACACAGACUCGGCGGUACCCCAGCUCCAUCUCUUCAUCACCCCAAAAGGACCUGACGCAGGCAAAGAAUGGCUUCAGUUCUGUGCAGGCCACGCAGUUACAGACCACGCAGUCCGUUGAAGGUGCUACGGGCUCUGCAGUAAAAUCUGACUCACCUUCCACUUCUAGCAUCCCUCCUCUCAAUGAAACUGUAUCUCCAGCUUCCUUACUGACAACAACCAAUCAGCACUCAUCCUCCUUAGGUGGAUUGAGCCACAGCGAGGAGAUUCCAAAUACUACCACCACACAACAUAGCAGCACGUUAUCUACUCAACAGAACACCCUUUCGUCAUCAACAUCUUCUGGACGCACUUCAACAUCCACUCUUUUGCACACAAAUGUGGAGAGUGAGGCGAAUCUCCAUUCUUCCUCCAGCACUUUCUCUACCACAUCCAGCACGGUCUCUGCACCUCCCCCAGUGGUCAGCGUCUCCUCUAGUCUCAAUAGUGGCAGCAGCCUGGGCCUCAGCCUAGGCAGCAACUCCACAGUCACAGCCUCAACUCGAAGCUCAGUUGCUACGACUUCAGGAAAAGCGCCUCCUAACCUCCCUCCUGGAGUCCCGCCGUUGUUGCCUAAUCCGUAUAUUAUGGCUCCAGGGUUAUUACAUGCCUACCCGCCACAAGUAUAUGGUUAUGAUGACUUGCAGAUGCUUCAGACAAGAUUUCCUUUGGAUUACUACAGCAUCCCAUUCCCCACACCCACCACUCCACUGACUGGGAGGGAUGGUAGCCUGGCCAGCAACCCUUAUUCUGGUGACCUCACAAAGUUUGGCCGUGGGGAUGCCUCCUCCCCAGCCCCGGCCACAACCUUGGCCCAACCCCAACAGAACCAGACGCAGACUCACCACACCACGCAGCAGACAUUCCUGAAUCCGGCGCUGCCUCCUGGCUACAGUUACACCAGCCUGCCAUACUAUACAGGGGUCCCGGGCCUCCCCAGCACCUUCCAGUAUGGGCCUGCUGUGUUUCCUGUGGCUCCUACCUCUUCCAAGCAGCAUGGUGUGAAUGUCAGUGUGAAUGCAUCGGCCACUCCUUUCCAACAGCCGAGUGGAUAUGGGUCUCAUGGAUACAACACUGGUGUAUCAGUCACCUCCAGUAAUACGGGCGUGCCAGAUAUCUCGGGUUCUGUAUACUCCAAAACCCAGCAAUCCUUUGAGAAACAAGGUUUUCAUUCCGGUACUCCUGCUGCCUCCUUCAACUUGCCUUCAGCCCUAGGAAGUGGGGGGCCCAUCAAUCCAGCCACAGCUGCAGCCUACCCACCUGCCCCCUUUAUGCACAUUUUGACCCCCCAUCAGCAGCCGCACUCCCAGAUCCUUCACCAUCACCUUCAGCAGGAUGGACAGCUACCAUAUUUGCAGAUGAUUCUCUGUUGCCAGCGCCAGCAGGAGGAGCAGACGGGCAGCGGGCAACGUAGCCAGACCAGCUCCAUCCCGCAGAAGCCCCAGACCAACAAGUCUGCGUACAACAGCUACAGCUGGGGGGCCAACUGAGGCCCUGGCCCUCCUCUUCUCCCAGUCCCAUCUUCUGAGAGGGCUUCUCAGCCUGGCAACUAUGGAAACAGCAUCAAAGAAAAAAAGGAAUGUGGGGGGUGGGGCCCUCCGCUGCCCUCCACCCUCAGCAGCCCACCCCAUGCCUCAGCUUCAUGUCUGUCCCAUUCCCAUACCAUUCCCACUCUGUUGUAUGUAUUAUAGAAUUUGUAUUCCCUCCCUUUUUUUUUUUUUCCUUACCUCUUUCUCCUCCCUCCUUGCAUUCAAGAUUAUGAAACUUUGCUGUGGGCCCUGCCCUGCCCUUCUCCUGUUCACCCUGGUGGUGGUUGGGUGAGGUGGGAAGGUGGGACCCCCAAAUAUAUAUCAGCCCAACAGCCCUGAGUCUCCUCCUUUAUUAUUAGGAAAACAAAACAACAUCAAAAAAUGGCGUCAUGAAUAUGAACAGCAUUGUCAGAUGAAUUAGUUGAAGUGUUUUGUUUUGUUUUUUUUUUUGGGUUUUUUUUGGUUUUUGUUUUUGUACUGUGUCCUCAAAUUUAAUGGAUUAAUGUGUCUUGUAUAUAUAAAAAGAAAACCUCUA